AUGGGUCGGUCGCCCAUACACUGGGCUGUCCGGGCUACCGUCUGGCUUAUCACGGUAUCUCUCGCCGCAGCAAUCUCACUUCCCACCGAAUCGCUGCCACGGCGUGAAUCGCCAUUCGAAAAUAAGGUAUCCACAAUCCAGACCCGCGAGGACAAGUUCCUGCUCAGGAUCAUGCCUCUUGGCGCGUCGAUCACCUUGGGUUACAAGUCCACAGAUGGCAACGGGUAUCGAGAACAUAUCCGCCAGCAACUCCGCUAUGAAGGCUGGGAGGUUGACAUGGUCGGAAGCAAAAUGAAUGGCACAAUGUACAACAAUCAUCACGAGGGUCACAUCGGCUUUCGAAUCGACCAGAUCGCCGAGGUAGUCGACAAGACUAUCCCCAAGCAACCGAAUCUCAUCCUCAUCAACGCCGGCACAAACGACGCCAUUCAGAAAUAUAAUGUCUACGCAGCUGGCACACGCAUGAAUAGUCUGAUGACCAAGCUAUUUAACGAAAUAGAAGGCACAACAAUCAUCCUCUCAACACUCCUUCCCAACAAAAGGGAGCCCAAACUCGUAAAUGCAAUCAACGAACAGUACCGCACUCUCGCCGCAUUCUGGCGCGCCAAGAACGGGCGUGUUGUGCUGGCUGAUAUGAACUCCUUCAUCCAGGAAGAUCGAUUGGUCGAUGGAACUCAUCCGGAUGAUUACGGAUACAAGGAGAUGGCAUCUGUAUGGUGGGCGGCUAUCCAGGUCGCGAUUGCUGAGAACCUGCUUCAGGAGGCGAGUGAUACGAGUGUGAAUGGGACGAUCAGUAAGACUUUUGAGAAGACUCUUGAUGGGAAUAAUAGCCUCGCGGAUCCGCAUUUACCGGCUUAUUUGGCAAAGGCGCAGCCGGUGUUGAAUGGUGGUGUUUCCGCUCGGGGCUUAGGCCUUGUCUGGAUUGUCCUGGUGCAGGUUGGGAUCGGGAUGGUCGUGAUGAGGUUAUGA